CCUUAUUCUCCUUUAGGGAAAAUAAACCUUAAAGGAGGAGAAGAGCUUCAGUUUCUCUUCCCUCACUCAAUUUGGGCCCCUUAAAAUAGAUCUAAAUAUCUGUAGAUCUAUCUGUCUAUCUAUCUAUUAAAGGGUUCACCACUUUUUCCCCUUCUUGGGUUAUUCUCCUUAAGGGAAAACAAACCUUAAAAGAGGGGAAGAGAGCUUAAAUUCCUCUUCCUCCACCUAAUUUGGGCCCCUUAGUAUCUAUCUAUCUAUAUUAAAGGGUUCCCCAUCUUCUCCUUUGGGUUUAGUCUCCUUUCCCCUUCCUUUUAUUUCCCUAACCUCUCCAUUAAAAUAUAAAAGGACAAGGAACCUCCUCCUUCUUGGUAUUUUCACUUCUUAAAACUUCUCACAUAGACACUUAAAAUUUGUAUUUGGUAAUAUUUAUGACCUCCGAACAAAAAAGUUGACUUAAGAGAGAAAAAAAAAGGGGGAGGAAGCAUCUUCCUUAUUAUUUUUAUUCAAUCAAUCCUUCAAAGGAAAGAAAUAAUAAUGUCAAUAUCUGUGCAAAUAUUUCUGGCUCUAUAGAAGAUUGACCUGAGGAAUUGGUCUUACUUUUGGGUUACUCUUCUUCUCGCCUUCCUCAUCUCUCCCAAAAGACGCUUUAAAUUAUUCCUGUAAUUAAUAUAAUUAUUAUUAUUACUAUUAUUAUUAUUAUUAUCAUCAUCAUCGGAAGAUAUUCUCCACUUGUCUGAAGGAAGCCAAGGAAAGACAUUUCCUUCCCAGUUGUUCUUCUGGUUCCUUUCAAAAGGAACCCCGCCGUCUCUGCAAAUAUUCUCGGCGUUAAUUGGAAUUAAUUUUGGGCUUUUGGGGUUUUUUUUUACUCCUUUGAGGACCUUCAAAUGGACUUGACCAGAGGAAGAACAUUGAUCGUUGGAUGAGAGAUUUGUCGCUGUCGUUGUUGUUGCUCAGAGGUGUUUAAAAGUGGGUCCUGCCAACCCUCUGGACCCAGUGCCAGAAACACAACCAAGGACUGCUUGGAAGAUAGUUGCCUUGGAAGUUCAGCCCUUGGACUCUUAAAAACACUUUCUUCCUGGAUAUCUCUUUUUAUUUGGGGACGAGGGGACUCUUUCCCCCCUUCCCAGCGACUCCAAAUCCCAUCAUCUUCAGUCGGGAGGGGAAAACACCUCGCCACUGCUUUUUGGAUUUGAAUCGAAAGGAGAGUUAUUGCAAGCUUUUCAGGAACAACCAGCACCAGGGACCUCCCCAAAUAUUGGAUUUUGGGGGGGAGAAGAUUUGGACCGGCCUUUUUGGAACACGUCUCCUCUUUUGCUGGGAGACCACAAAGUUGUCCACGUCUCCUCUCUGUGACAAUACAUCUAUAUCUGAGGAGACAAGACCAGAAGCACACCAUCCUCUCCAUCCUCCUCCUCACAAACCCAUCUUGGUGCAUUCCUUCCUCUCCAAGAGACUCCCAAGGGAGACAUACAAAAAAAGGAGGACCGUCUGAUCCAUAGAUCAUCUCGAAAAUCCAGUGUGACGAGAGACAGAAGAGGCGGAAAAAGAGAAGAGACGAGAUUCCUGGAUUUUAUUUCCCACCCACCAUUCAAUCCUCUGGAUUAUUUCUGUGUCUGUGCCCCUCUCUCUCUCUAUCUCUCUCUUUCUGUCUCUCCCUGUCUCUCUAUUUUUCUGGCUGGAGAUCACACACCUUCCUAAUCCUUUCUUUUCUUAACCUUCCCUUCCAUUGCCUUCAAGCCUCUCCUUGGGUGAAGAUUUCUCUCCCUUGUCCUCCUUGGGUGAAGAUUUCUCUUCUCCUUCCUUUCCUUACCAUCAUUUGUUUGGCUAUCGCAACCUCUUUGAGAGGGAAGGGUGCAUUUAUUCCUUUGCCUCGGUGCGCCUGGGCAUUAUUCCCACCGCCAUCCCUUCCCGUCCUUGCGACUGUGUGUGUGUGUGUGUGUGGAUUGGUGUGGGUUUUGAAACAAGAAAGGAAAAGGCCUUCUUUUCCCUCCCCUCCUCCUCUGAGUAUGUGUGAGUGUGUGUCUAUGUGAGUCCCUCCCUCCUUGUGUGCUGCUGCUGCUGCUGCUGCUGUGUGUGCCUGCCUUCCUCUCUCUCUCUCUUUCUCUCUCUCUGUCUGUCUCUCUCUUUUCUUUCUUGUCGGAGGCUUGUGGGAUAAUGGCGUGUGGGUUGUGGCUGUGAGGAUGAGUUCUUGCUUCGUACCAAACGGGGCCAGCCUGGAGGAUUGCCAUUCCAACCUAUUCUGUCUGGCCGAUUUAACGGGGAUUAAAUGGAAACGCUACGUAUGGCAGGGUCCGACGUCUGCCCCGAUUCUUUUCCCGGUGACCGAAGAAGACCCCAUCCUGAGCAGCUACAGCCGCUGCCUGAAGGCCGACGUUUUGAGCGUAUGGCGGCGAGACCAAAGGCCCGGGCGCAGAGAGCUGUGGAUAUUCUGGUGGGGUGAUGACCCUAACUUUGCUGGCCUGAUUCACCACGAUCUGGCAGAUGAGGAAGAUGGUGUCUGGGAGAAUGGGCUUUCCUACGAAUGCCGCACUCUGCUUUUCAAAGCCAUUCACAACCUGGUAGAAAGAUGUCUAAUGAACCGGAACUUUGUGCGCAUUGGGAAAUGGUUUGUGAAGCCUUACGAGAAAGAUGAAAAACCUAUAAAUAAAAGCGAGCACUUGUCCUGCUCCUUCACCUUCUUCUUACACGGGGACAGCAACGUUUGUACCAGCGUGGAAAUAAACCAGCACCAGCCUGUGUACUUUGUCAGCGAAGAGCAUCUCACCCUGGCCCAGCAGUCUAACAGCCCUUUUCAAGUUAUUCUGAGUCCGUUCGGAUUAAAUGGUACGCUCACGGGACAGUCGUUCAAGCUGUCGGAUUCGGCGACGAAAAAGCUGAUCGGCGAAUGGAAGCAGUUCUAUCCGAUCACAUCCAACCUGAAGGAGGGCUUGGAGGAAAAGCAAGAAGAGAUGGAUUGGGAGGAUGACUCUCUGGCUGCCGUGGAAGUCCUUGUUGCUGGUGUGCGAAUGGUCUACCCAGCAUGCUUUGUUCUAGUUCCUCAGACUGACAUUCCCGCGCCUAGUGCUCCUGGGUCAAGCAACUGCUUGGGCGCCCAUCAAGUGCCUGCUUCUACAAGAGACCCAGCGAUGUCUUCGGUUACUCUGACUCCACCGACAUCCCCGGAAGACGUUCAAACAGUUGAUGCUCGCUCAGCCCAAAAGUGGGUGAAGCUCUCUUCUGUUUCGGAUGUGUUCAGUUCGGACAGCACUAGUCACCACGGUGGCAGAAUCCCUCGGAAGCUGGCCAACCAAGUGGUCGAUCGAGUUUGGCAAGAAUGCAAUAUGAACAGAGCACUAACCAAGAGGAAGUAUUCUGCUACGUCAAAUGGCUUGUGCGAAGAGGAGACAGUUGACAAAAUAGCAUUUUGGGACUUUGUCGAAGCCACACAGAGGACAAAUUGCAUUUGCUCAAGGCACAAAAGUCUCAAACCAAGGCUUGCGAUUCAACAGGGGACGGUGCCUCCUGUGGGCCAGCAGCAGCAAGCAGCUCCAAAGCACAAGGCGAACGAAAAGCAAGAGAAGGGGGACAAGCCCCAGAAGCGUCCUUUGACUCCAUUUCACCACCGUGUGUCCAUUAGCGACGAUGUCGCCAUGGAGGCCGACUCGGCCAGCCAGCGGCUCGUGAUCACGGCGUCCGACAGCCAAGUCAGGUUUUCGAACCUCCGAACGAACGACGUAGCGAAAACCCCUCAAAUGCAUGGCACCGAGAUGGCCAACUCUCCCCAGCCGCCACCCCUCAGCCCUCAUCCGUGCGAAGUCCCCGACGAAGGGGCAACCAAAACCCCUUCCACUCCCCAGAGCCAGCAUUUCUAUCAGAUGCCUACUCCAGAUCCUUUGGUUCCUUCCAAAGCCAUGGAAGAUAGAAUAGAGGGCUUGUCCCAGACCUUCCCGGCUCCGUUUCCGGAGGUUAUAGAGCCCACGAUGUACGUCGGUACGGCGGUGAACUUGGAGGAAGACGACGCAGAUUCCACCUGGAAGUUUUACAAGGUUCCAAAGAAAAGGGACAUAGAUUUCUUGCCACCUCCGCUUCCGAGCGAAAAGUUUAAGGACGACCCCAUGGGAUCUGCAGGGCCAGAUGCUUUAUCUUCAGCCACAGAAUUAAUGGUGCAAUGCAGGAAACCUCUUAAGGUCUCUGAUGAAUUGGUACAGCAGUACCAGAGCAAGAAUCAGUAUCUAGCAGCAAUAGUAGCCGACCAGGAGCCAGAAAUGGACCCGUAUGCAUUCGUCGACGGAGAUGAAGAAUUUCCCUUUCCGGAUAAAAAGGACAGGCAGAACAGUGAGCGAGAAGUUGGGAAGAAACACAAGACUGACGAUGGGGCACCCAACGUGGGAGAAGAUGCGAUGUCUCUUUUUAGUCCUUCUGUCAAACAAGCAUUGGAUGCCCAGCGCGUUCCUCCUCACAAUCGCACGGCGUCAACUAGUUUGUUUCAUGAAAAUGACCUGGUUGUCUCCUACACGGACCUCGACAAUCUCUUCAAUUCCGAUGAAGACGAGCUCACACCUGGGUCUAAAAGACUGCUGAAUGGAACAGAUGACAAAUCCAAUUGCAAAGAGUCAAAAGCAGGAAAUCUGGACCCCUUGUCAUGCAUAAGUACGGCAGAUCUUCAUAAAAUGUAUCCCACGCCGCCAUCCUUGGAGCAACACAUUAUGGGGUUUUCUCCCAUGAACAUGAACAAUAAGGAGUAUGGCAGCAUGGACACUACACCGGGAGGAACCAUCCUAGAAGGAAAUGGCGCUACCGCCGGCGUUCAGUUCAGAAUUGAGGUAGACGAAGGAUUCUGUAGUCCCAAACCCUCUGAAAUAAAGGAUUAUUCCUACGUUUAUAAGCCUGAGAACCUUCAACCUUUUGUGGGCUGCUCCAUGUUUGCACCAUUGAAGACUCUCCCCAGCCAAUGCCUCCCGACCAUCAAACUGCCAGAGGAGUGCGUUUACCGUCAGAGCUGGACCGUUGGCAAGUUGGAGUUGCUUCCUCCAGGACCCACAAUGCCAUUCAUCAAAGAGGGUGACGGGAGCACCAUUGAUCAAGACUAUGGCCCUGCCUAUACCCCGCAAACGCAUACUCCUUUUGGAAUGCCACCAAGCAGUGCCCCGCCAAGUAAUAGCGGGCCGGGCAUCCUCCCUUCGCCUUCCACUCCUCGUUUCCCAACUCCUCGGACACCAAGGACUCCUCGAACUCCCCGCGGGGCUGGCGGGCCGGCCAGUGCCCAAGGUUCAGUCAAGUAUGAGAAUUCGGACUUGUAUUCACCAGCUUCAACACCAUCCACGUGCCGGCCGCUGAAUUCGGUUGAGCCGGCUACCGUUCCUUCUAUCCCCGAGGCCCACAGCCUCUACGUCAACCUCAUUCUCUCGGAAUCGGUGAUGAAUCUCUUCAAAGACUGUAAUUUUGACAGCUGUUGCGUCUGCGUCUGCAAUAUGAACAUCAAAGGUGCUGACGUUGGAGUUUACAUUCCCGAUCCAACCCAGGAGGCCCAAUACCGCUGUACCUGUGGCUUCAGCGCAGUGAUGAACAGAAAAUUUGGCAACAGCUCUGGCUUGUUCCUGGAGGACGAGUUGGACAUCCUGGGGCGCAACUCGGAAUGCGGCAAAGAAGCCGAGAAACGCUUCGAGGCCCUCCGCGCCACUUCUCUCGAGCAUAGCGGAGGGUCGAAGGAGGCCGACCGGCUACCCGACGACCUGAUCCUCUUGCUGCAAGACCAGUGCACCAACUUGUUCUCGCCGUUUGGUGCAGCGGAUCACGACUCCUUGCCCAAAGUUGGUGCCGUUGGGAACGUGGUACGGGCCGAGGAAAGGGAUUGUUGCAACGACUGCUACCUUGCGUUGGAACACGGGCGCCAGUUUAUGGACAACAUGUCGGGAGGGAAAGUUGACGAAGCACUUGUGAAAAAUACUUGCUUGCAUCACUGGUCAAAACGAAACGUUGUAGACGUGAGCAUGCAAUGUUCUCAGGACAUCCUCCGCAUGCUGCUCUCGCUCCAGCCUGUCCUUCAGGAUGCCAUUCAGAAAAAAAGGACUGUUCGGUCUUGGGGCGUACAGGGCCCUCUCACGUGGCAGCAGUUUCACAAAAUGGCUGGCCGGGGCUCUUACGGAACUGACGAAUCUCCAGAACCACUGCCCAUUCCCACUUUCUUGUUGGGAUACGAUUAUGACUUCCUGGUGCUGUCCCCCUUUGCCUUACCGUACUGGGAGAGACUCAUGUUGGAGCCCUACGGAUCUCAGAGAGACAUAGCCUACGUCGUGGUGUGUCCGGAGAACGAAGCGCUGCUAAACGGAGCAAGGACCUUCUUCCGGGAUCUCACCGCGAUAUACGAGGCCUGUCGGCUCGGCCAGCAUCGACCCAUCUGCAAACUGUUGCCCGAUGGCAUCAUGAGGUUGGAUCCUGCCGCUUCCAAACAGUUCUCUGAGAAGUCUGUUGCCGAAUGGUUCUCCCAAGCAGCUCAUGCCAACAACGAUUCCUUUUCUAGGCUCAAGCUGUAGCUCAAAGUCUGCCCGAUACGAUCUGGUAUUCCUUACCUUGCUACAACAGCCUGGGACAAUUCCUUGCUUUCUCAGUCCAACCUAGUUCCCCCAAGCCAUCCUGCAUCGACCCAGCCUCCGGUGGCAGGCAGCGCCACCCCCAUCAUCCACCCCAUCAUCACCGCAGCCACCGCCGUAGCAAUGAACUCAAGCAGCUCCAUCCCUUCCACCGCUACAUGCCAACUCACCUUGACCACAACUGCCACUUCGUCCCUCUCUUCCGCAUGGGCAAGUGGGAUUCCGGCAAGCAAAAUAAACCUUCUCAUUCCCGCCAUUGGCAGCAUGAACAAUGCCACCCCCCCCUCGUCCUCUCCAGCACGCGCAAUGGUCCAGAAUGGGCAGGCUGGACGCAGCCGCAACAGCAAGCAGCGAAUACCUGGGAAGCCCCUCUCUCCCGCACAGCCGCACCAGAGCACUAUGGAGCGUGAAAAGUGGGGAUCCCCACGACGCGAUUCGCACGCGGUCCACUUACCCGCGGCCAUCGUUUCUCACAUCGUCGCAUCCUUUCACGUACGAGAAGAAGAGGAGAGCAGCUCCUCCAACGUGUGGACUCUUGGCCUCUCCCGCUGCUUUCUAGAAAAACAAAAUCUUCUCCCAAUCAGAAACAUCGUUUUUGUUCAGCUCGUUCCUUGUCAGUAUCUGUUACAACCGUCAAGAAUGAAGACGACACAUCUACACUCAGCAUCUGAAGUCGUGGCGUUCUCAGCCUUCACGCAGUGCCGCAGACCGCUCCCCACAACCAAUGUGAAAACGUUAACCGGGUUUGCCCAGGCUAGCAUGGAAAUGGCACCUCAGAAACCGGAGUGUAUCAAGCUUGCGCCGCCUUUCAUAUUGGCUCCUGUCAAAGAUAAACAGACCGUGGGAGGAGAAACAUUUGGGGAGGCUGGGCCGAAAUAAAGUGCUUUUCGUGGGUUACUGUUUUCCCACGAUCAACGGUGGCUUCUUGCGUUAUGCACAGAUAUGUAUGGACUCUUGGAAACAUGCAUCAUUAACAUUGAUGUACCAAACAGGGCUCGCAAGGAAAAAGGGGUCUGCCGCAGGCUGGGUCUCCCGAGCUCUGGAAUGGUGCCUGGGCUUGUCCAGAUGAGUUCGUUGCCCUGGAGGGUUGUAAUAGGACGUCUUGGAAGAAUAGGCCACGGGGAACUGAAAGAUUGGAGCUGUUUGCUAAGUCGCCGAAAUCUGCAGUCCCUCAGCAAGAGGCUGAAAGACAUGUGCCGGAUGUGUGGCAUAUCCGCAGCUGAUUCUCCCAGCAUCCUCAGCGCUUGCUUAGUGGCAAUGGAACCACAGGGAUCCUUUGUCAUCAUGCCAGAUUCUGUGUCAACUGGCUCGGUAUUUGGGCGCAGCACCACCCUAAAUAUGCAGACGUCCCAGCUGAACACGCCGCAGGAUACGUCGUGUACCCACAUCCUCGUGUUCCCCACGUCUGCGUCGGUGCAAGUCGCCUCGUCCACCUACACCACUGAAACUGGCUUGGAACUGGCCUUUAAUACGAACAAUGAUGGAGCCGAUGGAAUGGGGAUCUUUGACUUGUUGGACACUGCGGACGACCUCGACCCUGAUAUUAUAAAUAUCCUGCCUGCGUCCCCGACAGGGUCCCCUGUGCAUUCACCAAGUUCCCAUUUUACUCAUGGAGGCGAUAUGGGCAAGGGGCAAGGUACCGACCGAUUGCUCUCGACAGAGUCUCACGAUGAAGUCACCAACAUCCUGCAGCAACCCUUGGCCCUCGGUUACUUCGUCUCAACUGCCAAAGCAGGUCCGUUGCCUGACUGGUUUUGGUCGGCGUGUCCUCAAGCACAAAAUCAGUGCCCGCUGUUUCUUAAGGCUUCUUUGCACCUCCAUGUGCCUUCAGUGCAAUCGGACGAGCUACUUCACAGUAAACACUCCCACCCUCUUGAUUCGAAUCAAACUUCCGAUGUCCUCAGGUUUGUGUUGGAACAGUACAACGCACUCUCCUGGCUAACCUGUGACCCCGCGACCCAGGACCGGCGGUCGUGUCUCCCGGUUCACUUUGUGGUGCUGAACCAGUUGUAUAACUUUAUCAUGAAUAUGCUGUGAUCUUUAUCCGAACUGUGCAAGAAGGAGGAGAAGGAGAAGAACGAAAGAACUACAACCAACGAAAAAGGGAAAGGAAGAUUUUUCACUGCAGGACUAAGUUAAUCCUUCGCCGUACGAGUCCUUUUCUUUCUUUUUUUGCGAUCGGGGAGGGGAGUUACCAUUCUCAAAUCAUUUGGGUUUUGACUUUCGGCAGGGCUCGGUCAUUUCCCCGCCGUCCCUUUUCUUUUCGUUGGCGCAUUGCCUCUAUCAGACGGAUUCAGGCGGUCGGUCGAUCGGUCCAACUGUAUUAUAACACAUCUUUUUAGUAGCGGAGUAACCAUCCUUCCCUCGCCCCCCCAUCCCCAUCCCCACCUUGUCACAGUAUUUGUGAAGAGUAUAUGAGCCAUAGGCCCCAGCCAUGUUUGGAUGAAUAUUUCGAAAGGAAGAAACGAGCGCGGAAACCACACAACCGUACGACGAAACGGAGGGAGGAAAGGAAGAGAAAGAAAGAAAGAGAGAAAGAAAGAAAGAAAAACCAAUUUGUCGAAUGCUUUCAGAACAUCGCAAUGUUCUUGUAUUGGAUUAUAGUACCUAGUAUUCAAGAAACAAAAACAAAAAAAAUAUGCCUGCAUCUCUUAUUUAUUGUAAGUUUUUAAAUGUAUAAAUUGUCUUAUAUUUCUUAACCUCUUUUAUAAAAACAAAAACAAAAAACAGAA